UUGGAGAAGAAGAGUGGAGAAAAAGAAGCGAAAUCUGGAAAUAAUAAGAAAAGAAAAGCGGUGAGUUGAAUUUUGUCUGAAAUUUUCUGAAAUUCCCCCAAUUUUCAGGCUGAAAGUGACGAAGAUGAAGAAAUUGAAGAAGAAAAACCGACAGUUCCAAAACAAUCGAGAAAAAGAGCAAAAAUUGGAGCAGCUGCCAAAAAAGCCGAUUCAACAAUUCCAGAUAAAUUUGCAGAUUUGGAUAAUUGGAGUGAUGAGGAUUAG